CCUCCCCCUCCGCCGCCGGCUCCCGGUCCGAGUCCCGAUCCCCGGUUCCCGGUUCCUAGACAUCAGGGCUCGCCAUGGGUGCCUGAGCGCCCCCCUUGCCCCCGGCCCCCUGCCCCGGGGCCUUGCGGGGGCAGAGGCAGCAGCGGUCUGGGACGAAGAGGAGGUGACUGGGCUGCGGAGCCCCUUCCCUCCACCCACCCCCCGCGUCCGCCCGCCGGGCUGGGAGCGCGGAGUUCGGAGCGGCCCGGGGCGCUGCGGAUACAAAGGCGCCGGGCGGCGGCGGGGCGCCCGCCCAGGCCACCGGGCAGGUCGCAGCGGCGGCGGGGGCCGUCGCUUGAUUUUCUCCGAGACAAGCCCACCCGUCCAGCAAGAUAGAGUCCCUCAGGGUGACGGUUGACUUCCUGAAGGUGCCCUUCGGCCUGAAGAAGCCGGUGCUGAAGGAGGUGGCGGUGGGGCCCCCCCAAAGGCCCCAGCCCGCGGCCCUGGAGCGCUACAAGGCGCGGCGUUCCGACGCCAUGGACACCGAGUCCCAGUACUCGGGCUAUUCCUACAAGUCGGGCCACUCCCGCAGCUCCCGGAAGCACAGGGACCGACGGGACCGGCACCGCUCGAAGAGCCGAGACGGGAGCCGUGGGGAUAAGUCGGUGACCAUCCAGGCUCCGGGGGAGCCCCUGCUGGACAAUGAGUCCACACGCGGGGAUGAGCGGGAUGACAACUGGGGGGAAACGACCACCGUAGUCACCGGCACGUCGGAGCACAGCAUCUCCCACGAUGACCUCACGCGGAUUGCCAAGGACAUGGAGGACAGCGUCCCGCUGGACUGCUCCCGCCACCUGGGGGCGGCCGCCGGCACCACGCUGGCGCUGCUGUCCUUCCUCACGCCGCUGGCCUUCCUGCUGCUGCCCCCGCUGCUGUGGCGGGAGGAGCUGGAGCCCUGCGGCACGGCCUGCGAGGGCCUCUUCAUCUCCGUGGCCUUCAAGCUGCUCAUCCUGCUGCUGGGCAGCUGGGCCCUGUUCUUCCGCCGGCCCAAGGCCUCGCUGCCCCGCGUCUUCGUGCUGCGGGCGCUGCUCAUGGUGCUCGUCUUCCUGCUCGUGGUCUCCUACUGGCUCUUCUACGGGGUGCGCAUCCUGGACGCGCGGGAGCGCAGCUACCAGGGCGUGGUGCAGUUCGCCGUGUCGCUGGUGGAUGCCCUGCUCUUCGUGCACUACCUGGCCGUGGUCCUGCUGGAGCUGCGCCAGCUGCAGCCCCAGUUCACGCUCAAGGUCGUGCGCUCCACCGACGGGGCCAGCCGCUUCUACAACGUGGGCCACCUCAGCAUCCAACGCGUGGCGGUGUGGAUCCUGGAGAAGUAUUACCAUGACUUUCCCGUCUACAACCCUGCCCUCCUCAACCUGCCCAAGUCCGUCCUGGCCAAGAAAGUGUCUGGCUUCAAGGUGUAUUCCCUCGGAGAGGAAAACAGCACCAACAACUCCACGGGCCAGUCCCGGGCCGUGAUCGCCGCGGCAGCCCGGAGGCGGGACAACAGCCACAACGAGUACUACUACGAGGAGGCGGAGCACGAGCGGAGGGUGCGCAAGCGGAGGGCCAGGCUUGUGGUGGCGGUGGAGGAGGCCUUCACUCACAUUAAGCGGCUGCAGGAAGAGGAGCAGAAGAACCCCAGGGAGGUGAUGGACCCCCGGGAGGCAGCCCAGGCCAUCUUUGCAUCCAUGGCCCGAGCCAUGCAGAAGUACCUCCGCACCACCAAGCAGCAGCCUUACCACACCAUGGAGAGCAUCCUGCAGCACCUGGAGUUCUGCAUCACACACGACAUGACACCUAAGGCCUUCCUGGAGCGGUACCUGGCAGCCGGACCGACCAUCCAGUACCACAAGGAACGCUGGCUGGCCAAACAGUGGACCCUGGUGAGCGAGGAGCCGGUGACCAACGGCCUUAAGGAUGGCAUCGUUUUCCUCUUAAAACGCCAGGACUUCAGCCUGGUGGUCAGCACCAAGAAGGUCCCGUUCUUCAAACUCUCCGAGGAAUUUGUGGACCCCAAGUCGCACAAGUUUGUCAUGAGGCUGCAGUCGGAGACCUCGGUGUGACCGUGUCGCAGCAGGGGGAGUGGGAGACGGGCUCCGGGGGCGCUGGGAGGGGCUGGGCGCUCAGGUCCGGCCCCGUUCCUGCAGCCCUCGCCCUCGCGUGUUUGGUGUUUUUUUUUGUUUUGUUUUUUUUUACUUGAAUGAACUUACCCCUACCCUGUCUCCUCCCCUCUUCGGCCAUCCUGGAGAGACCAUCCUGCUGUCAUCAGUACCUGGGAGGUUCCCUCUUCUCUGCCCCCCUCCCUCUGGUACCUUCCCAGGCCCUGCAGGAAUCAGUGCCUCUCCCCCUCCCUCUCCUUUCUCCUCUCUCCUCUCCUCUCCCUGGAUGACUGUCUUUUCUGAACGUGCACAGGGCUCUCCUGAGCCCCCACUCUCGAACCCAGGUUCUCGUGGCUGUUCUUCCCGGCGGCUCCUGAUGGGGAUGCCUCUGGGGGGCACAGACAUGGCUGCAGAGAACCAUGGUGCCAAACCCCUCCAGGGCAGCAGCUUCCUGAGACCUCCCGACGGCAGACGGUCUGCCCCUCCUGCUGCUCACUCCCCUGCAGCAGAUCCCUAGUUUCUGGGGCGAGAGCAGGCCUGUGUCCUCCCCCCACCACCCCAGAGUUAGGGGUCCCCCUGCCAGAGCUGUGAGAGCCUCCCACAUCCGGCCAUCCAUAUUCAGGGCAAGGGAUGAUCCCGUCUUCACCCUGCAGUCUCCGCCGUCUGCUUCUGACAUGUGACCGCGGGCAGCCUGGGACAGACACCAUCUGUGACCUCCUUUCCCGGGUCCCCUCUGUUUAGGGCUCUUUCCUGGGUAGCCCCUGAGGGAAGGGCAGGAGAGACAUCUCAGUGGGCCAGGUUCCCCUUCCCAGCAAAGGAUGACCCGGAGACUCCAGCACAGAAUUACCUGCCUGUGGGCCCCGCCCCCGCCCUGGUGGUCUUAGGCAAACACGGUUCUUCCUUUCACCGGCCACCUCCAGUCUCGCUGUCUCUUCCUUCAGCUCCAGAGACCUGUUGUCUCACCUCUCUCUUGGGGGGAGCCAGCUGCUCCUCCUUGUCCCCUGCCUUAAGUCCGCCUCUUUGUCUCAGGGGUCUCUCUCUUCCUUGGCUGGCCAGGGUCCCCUCCUCUCCUCCCUCUGCCCGGUUCUCUGGGCUCUGGCCUCCCUCUGUGUUGGGGUGAAGGACCAGGAUCGCUGCCUUUUGUGGGUGUGGAGCCCCUUUACCCCGUGUAGCUCUCACCGUCCUUGCACCCAGUCUGAAUUCUUGAGAAUUUCCAUCUCCUUUCGAGCAACAUGUGCUGGCCCUCUACUGCAUAGAUUCAGUGUAAAUCUGAGCCUUGAAACCAUGUGGUUUUAGCCAGGGGGUGGGUGGGGGGGAGGGACGCAUCCAGAUACCUCCAGCUGGGACCCACGUGGCAGACCUUUAAGGUGGCUGGGCGGAGGGUGCCUCUGGGUCUUACCCUCCAAAUACAUCGCGGUGCCCCUUACAGGCCUGUCUUUCCCCAGAAAACUCACUGGCCGUUGCCUUGCAGAGAGCCGCUUGGGGUCAGAUCCUGGGCUUGGGGGAGCCUAGCGACUGGCAUUUCUCCUGCUGUCCUUUCUGGAAAAGCACAUCUGCCCCCUCCCCCGUCCCCCUACCCACCACCACCACUUACUAAGCAAGGGCUCUUCAGCCAGGGCUGACCGAAGGCAGGGCCCGGGGUUGUGGACAGACCUGAGGGAAGGACGUCCACUCCUGGGGGUGCCGGUGUUGGAGGAGCGCCUCUGGGUCACAUUUCUAAAUACCUCGCUGUCCCGGGAAACGGGCCUGGAUGGUGACCGGGGCCAUUGCCGCCGGGGGCAGGAGUGGGGCCGUGUGGUGUGAGGGUUGCGUUGGAGAGGGAGACGGUUGGGGGUCUUCGUUGCCGCCCCGGGCUAGGGGCAGGGAGUGUUUAUUUUAAGAACCUGCCAUGUGUUGAAUCACUGUGAUUUCUUCAUUCCUUUUUCCUGAAGCAAAAAGAAAACCCCUCCGUAUAAGCACUAAGGGCCGCGACUGAGAAUGAUAGUGUUUGGGCCCUUUGCGUCAGAACUGUGGUAUCUUUCUCUUCUUGGAUGACGAUUAUUAUUUUUUAAAAUGUCGGGACGGAUCGUCACGUGCGUGGCUGUGUGUCCUUCCUUCUCCUCCGUGGGAGGCUGUCUUCAUGCUGUGAAUUGCCGUGGGGCGUGCAGCUGAGUCCCCCUGAGCAGUGUCCUUCCUGUCUCGUGUCCCGUCACUCAUUCUUCCCGGUGGGGGUGUGCCCGCCUCUGCCCCCACCCCCAGGGGGCGUGUGGCUGGGUCUUCCUAUGACUUCAUGGCAUCCUGGUGCCGCCCCUUCACCCCUCCUAGGCAUUCCUUUUCAUCACUUUGGAGCACAUUCCCCCUCUCCCCUACCCCUCCCUACCAGGACACUGUGCCUCCCUCCUCCACCUACCUCGCCACUCUGCGGCUGUCCCCAUCCGUCCCUUCCUCACUCUUCCUGAUCUGUUUAUUUCCCUGUAAUCUCUCAUGCUUCUUCCCACCCCCCACCAUUUCAGCCCUUCAUUUCUUGGCGCCCCCCCCCCCCCCCCCCCGGUUCCUUUUACAAACCCUGCAUUGUGCUUGUCAUCAAGCAUUGGAGACAUUGAGUCCCUGACCUUCUCAGCUCACACGCCAUUUUCCAGAGUUUGUGCUUCUCUGCCUGUCAGUCUGUCUUCUCAUUCCUCGGCUCCCCCCACGGGCAGCGCCUGCUGCUGGGCUUCGUCCUGGUGUGUGACUGUUGUGAUUCCUCUGUGUGCGGAGGAAGGGCCUUUUUGAAUCCCUUCCAAGUGAGAUUGUAAAUGUAGAAUUUUCUACUGUGGGAUCUAGAUUUUUUUUCUUUUUUCCUUUUUUUUUUGGGUGGGGGUGUGUGUGGGUGGGUGGGAGGGUUACAGAACUGAGACCCUGUGCAUGCAUGUAGAAAAUUGUAAAAUGUAAAUUUUUUUAAUAUAUAAAAUGCUUGUUUUUACAGUUUGCAGUGAAUCUAAACAUUAUGGCAGUUUUAGGGAUUUUUUUUUUCUUAACAUAGAAACUAAAACUGUACAAACUUUUU